UCGUGUUGCACUUGGCCCCUCCGGCCGCUAUACAUCGAUGGACUACGAUCCUAGCGCAUGGGUCGUUGAACUUGCGAUUUUAGACCAUAUUUGCGUGUUUUUGUUACAUUUACACACAGUUUGACAUAGCCCUGGAACUAUUUGAAGGCUGUUACAUCUUUAAGUGCAAAAUAUCAUUGUGAAUUUUUUGUUUUAACCAGAAACGCUUUCACCCGGAACUACAUUCAAAAUGUGUUUCAGCAAACUGUCCGUCCUUGUGUUGUGUGCACGUUCCACGAUAGCUGUCUUCUUGAACAUUGCUCUGAUUUUGAGACUGUUAGAUCUAAGAGAACGCUCAACACACGGCCGUGAUUAAAAGUAUGUAUUAGUUGUCAGGAGAGGGCUUGACAAUAUUGUGCAAUAUCAGAGGAUCCACGACAGAAAGACACCCGAAGCAGGGCAUGGACAGGUGACAUUGCAGGUUGUCUUCAUUGGAGUUGAGUAGCAAUGUUUACAUGACGAUGUUCACCUACUGUGUCAGAAGACGUGUUAUACAAAUACACGGCAAGCACAUAACCCGAUGGAUGGUACAGCUGAGCAGACCAUUCUGUGCUCAAGGGACCGCAUCGUCAGACCUCACCACCACGCUGUUGAAGCUGAGUGCGGACCGCUCCUUCAUAGCACCAGGCGAGGAUAAUAGCCAAGCAAUCAGACAUGGGAGGUCGUGCGUCUAUGGGCCCCUAGGUGAAGAACUCAAAAAGAACAUUUUAGAGCAAUGGUGGACUUCUGUCAACCGGUCAAAAGCGCAAGUGUUUGGUAUAAACUCUUUACACCAUGGUCCAAGUGACGAGGGUCUGAAGUUGGUGGAUGCCAGUGCCAUUGAACAAUUAGUCAAUGCGGAUCUGAGUAAAGCUGAAAUACUUGCCAGUCUACAGCAGCUUGUUCAACACAGUUCUUCAGUCCGCACAAACCUGCUUCAAGGGGCUCUAGUGCAGUGUCUGCCCUCUCUGGAUCUGGUGGGCAGGAAGCUCCCCUUCGGCAUCGCGGAGGCUGGCACCUGCUACCACAUCUCUGACUCGAGCACAUCUGGCAUUGGCCGUACCUUGGAGUGGACAGAAGCCUCUCUGGUGUGGUUCUGCUCCCCGCGCACCUCAUCCCAGUGGCUAGACCACUGGACACGACAACGCUUAAAAUGGUGGCGGAAGUUUGCCUUGAGCCCGUCUGACUUCAGCUCCAGUGAUGUGGAGGAAGGAGAGUUGCUGCGUGGCGCGUCUCGAGGGGUGCGCUUGACCUACAGGUUCCCCUGGGGAGACGAGGCCCUGGAGAGCCUGUGGAGCAUGGGGGACGCCGAGCUCCUGAAGGCCCAUGGGAAUGCCAAAACCAAGCUGCAGUGCAAAGAUGGGAGGAAGUUGGUUGUGCCUCACGUGAUCGCUCUCCGUGGGAAUGUGGACUGGGGCCUGCUGGCCUACCUCUUCAACGCCCUGCAGCUGGAGAAGAAACCGCUCAGCAAGCAACGGACUCACCAAAGAAAGGUGCUGAAACUGCACCCCACUCUCGCUCCAGUUAAAGUUGCCCUUGACAUGGGCAGAGGAGCUACAGUUGAAUUAAGACAGGUUUGUGAGGGUUUGCUGACAGAGCUGCUUGAGGGAAACAUCUCUGUGUGGCCAGGCUACCUUGAGACGCCCCAGUCGCUGGAGCAGUUGCACUCCAAGUACGACGAGAUGGGUGUCCUCUUCUCCAUCAUGAUCAGCGAGGGCACGCUGGAGAACGGCCUGCUGCUCGUACGCAGCCGUGACACCACCAUCAGAGAGACCAUGCACAUCUCAGAAGUCAAGAAAUACCUCCACAAAUACAUCAGUGCAAAUGUAUAACAUGGGAACUUUAUAUGACUUUUCUUCACUGUGCCAACAUUUCGUCCCCAAUGUAGUAUUAUGUUGCCUGUUACGGUAUUGUUUAUAACUUCACUCAUGACAGAAUUCAGGUCCAGAGUACAGUGAUAUGUCUUGCAAUAGGCCUGUGCCUCGUUCUAUAUUUUUGUAUACACACAGAGAGAGUAUUAAACAUUUAAACUUGUACAUA